AUGGUGGGGUACCAGGUUAUGUUGACAAGGCUUCUAAGUCUAUGGAAGCCUUCAGGCCGUAUGGAUUGCGUUGAUUUUGGCGAGAGAUUUUUUCUUAUUAGAUUGUCGGCCAAAGAGGAUUAUGGUAGAGCUCUUAAAGACGGUCCAUGGUUUGUGAGCAGUCACUAUUUAUCCUUGCGAAAUUGGAAGGCUAAUUUUAAUCCUGCUAAGGCGAACGUAGCAAUGAUUGCAGCUUGGGUUCACCUACCAAAUUUGCCAAUAGAGUACUAUGAGCCAUCUGUUUUGCGGGAUUUUGGUAAAGCCAUAGGUCCGGUCUUGCGAAUCGAUAUGCAUAUAGCUACUAAAACAAGGGGCAGGUUUGCAAGAUUAUGCAUUCAAAUCAGUUAUGAUAGGCCUUUGAUCAAGCUCAUCAAAGUAGGGGGUAUAUCCCAACCUGUUCAAUACGAAGGGCUUAGCUCUCUUUGUGUCUCGUGUGGGCGUGUUGGUCACAGGGAGGAAAAUUGUCCUUACGGAGUAAGAACUUCAGAGUUGCCUGGUGGGGAUGAUGCCAAUGGGGAAAUUUUGGAGGGAAAAGAGGCCACGCCUCCUGACAAGAAGGCAGAUAGAAGUGAUCACGUGACCCAUACAACUUUCAAGGGUCCUUUAGCAGAUCGCACUCUCCCUUUCAAUGGUGCGAAUCAGUCUAGACUGACACAACACAAUGCGCCAAGCAAAGGUCCUUCUCGAGGGCAAAAAAGUAAACAAAAAGCCCGGGUUUCUGCUGGGGCUAGGGAUGGAUUGAUGAGCUCGUCUGACAAAGAGAAGGGUAUCUUAAGAGCUGACCAGACUAGCGGUAAGUUCAGGAUGCCGACGAAGGAAUGGCGAAUUUCCGAUCAAGCUCCACAAGAAUUUCAUGCGUUCACUACUGAGGGCUCAAAAAAUCCAAUCAAAUCUUCUAGGGUUGAAAAAGGGGCUCAUUUUGACAAGGUAGAGAUGUCGUCUUCACCAACAAAUAGUUCGGUGCAAGCCUUUAAGCUUCAUAAUCAAGCCCGAAGUGGGGAUCUGGCUAGUGCGCAUUCUAACGCUGCUGUGAAUAUCUCAAGGGCUUCUUUGAAAAGAAUAGAUCCAACUUUGAGAGCUAAAGCGGAUGUCAAGCAGAACAAUGAAGAUGAUGAGUCUCUUCAUUCUGAUGAUAGUGAAGAUCAAGUGCAAGCUGACAGUAGGAAUGGCCAUGGUGGUGAUGAUAGGCGUUAUGAUGAGGGAAGUGUUUCACACCUUCUCUGA